AUGAGCAACUCCGAUCACGACACGCCUUCGACUGAAGCGCAGAAGACCGAGUCACUACUCAAUAAUACCAAUACCAUCGCCGAGUCCAAAGAAAAGGCGAAGGAGGUGCUGGCCGCUGCCGGCAUCAAGCAGAAUGGGGAGACGUCCGCUUCGGAGUCGCGCAAUGGCAGUCGUAGUCCUUCGCGGAAGCGGAAACGCGAAACACCUCUCGAACGGAUCGAAGCUGAUGAAUACGUGACGCGCGAGUAUCUACACAAAGCGCUGCUCGCGGAACAGCAUGCGCGACCUUUGGUACUGCAGCAGAAGCAGCAGGAGUGGAAAUACUAUCAAAGCUUACGACAGCGACGAGAUCAUGACCCAGCUUCCGUCUUCGGCGUUGGCUACGAAGGCUUUGGGAAUCCACGAACCGAUGAAAAGUUACCGAAUCCUAUCAUCUAUCCUAGAAACAGGCGGCCCGGCAAAAGGAAAACACUGCCACCACGAGUGUCGCGAAAGCAAAUGGAAACACAGGCGGAACAGGAAGAAGAGCUGAUACCUAUCAGAUUAGACAUCGAAUGGGGCAAGAUCAAGCUGCGCGACACCUUCACCUGGAAUUUGCACGACCGGAUCACCGAUAUCGACUACUUCUCGGAGAAGUUGGUGGAGGACUUUGGUCUGAAGGUGACAGAGUGCCGCCCACUGGUCAACUAUGUUGCGACCGCCAUUCGGGAGCAGAUUGCAGACUUUUGCCCGCAGGUGUAUCCCGAAGACGAAGCGCUCGACCCACACGUCCCAUAUUCGGCCUACAAGAACGACGAGAUGCGAAUCCUGGUCAAGCUCAACAUCACGAUUGGACAGAAUACACUCGUCGAUCAGUUCGAAUGGGAAGUCAACAAUCCGGCCAAUUCACCUGAGGAAUUUGCGCUUCAGAUGACACAAGAGAACUCGUUAGCUGGCGAGUUCACGACUGCCAUAGCUCACUGCAUCCGCGAGCAGUGCCAGCUAUUCUCCAAAUCGCUUCAAAUCACCGGCUACGCAUUCGACGGCCGGGUAAUUGAUGAUCCUGACCUGCGCGAGAACUUCCUUCCCUCGCCGAUGCUGACGACCUUCCGACCAUACCAGCUCGCCAAGGACUACGUACCUUAUCUGUAUGAGUUGAACGACGCCGAUCUGGAACGGACCGAGCUCUCGAUAUCUCGCGAGCAACGUCGGCAGAAACGAUCGACCAACAGGCGAGGUGGACCAGCGCUACCUGAUCUUAAGGACCGACAACGCACAAUCAGAUCCCUCGUGGUAUCAUCAGUCAUACCCGGCGGGGCUCUGACGAUGGAGGACAGUCGCAUUUUCCGAAUGCCGAAGGCAAGUCGAACCAGGAAGAGAGCCGGUCUGGACGAAUUCGAAGAAUCUGACGGUUCUGAGAGCGAGGACUCUGCGCCUGAUUCUCCAGCCAUUCCAGCCAACCUCUUGCAAAGUACCGCACGGACUAGAGGAACAAUGCGCAAUGCAGCCCUUACUGCCACGGCAGGCAUUAGAUCUAAUCUGAGCGGAUUCGCAUCGGUUCGGUCAGCUACACCAGAGUCAAUCGCGCCCACGCACGAGUCGCGGUCUGCAGCUCGUAAGAAGGAUUAUAAGGAGGAAAGUGACGACGAGUCGCUUCCCGAGAAGUUGGUUGUCAAGCUCAAGAUCUCGAAGGAACGAUAUCGCAGCUGGUUUAGGGAACAGAGGAUCAAGGAGCGGGCAGCACAUGCAUCAACAGGCAGUCCAAGGCCCGGCACAAACGUCAAAGCCGCGCCGAGUCCGCUGAAGCUAGCAGGAGGUCCAGCACCAGCUCCGUCGCCAAAGACAACGCCAUCUGUCGGCCCUUCGACUGCAGCGAAUGCACCAGAUCCUCUCUAUGGUGCCAUCGAUGCCUCUUCUGAGCCGCCUGGACCGAAGAAUCCAAUUCCGCCGGUACCCGACUGGGUCGAGAAAAUCCUGGCAGACCUGCGCGAGGAGUUUCCCCGCGACCGGUUCGAAGGUGUGAUGAGGCACUCGGUGAUGGAUCCAAAGACCAAGCAACUGCAGCCAGCAAACCACGAGAACAGGCACUGGCCGCACAAGUUCGUUCCGCGAAUCAGAUGUCUGGAUUGUGUGGGCAAGGUGUACAUUGCCAUUGGCUUUGCGAGUCAUUUGAAGACCAGGAAACACAAGGAAGCCUACGAGGCACGCAUUGCCAAAGAAGGCUAG